AUGGCGGCCAAAAAGUGGCAUGAUAUGCAUGACCAUGGAUGGUGUAAAUCAUGCAUGAUGUAUGGCCAUGACAGCUCAUCAUACAUUCAUACCCCAAAUAGAAUUACUGAUAAAUCUAACAAAUAUUUCAAAAUCAGUAACAGUGAAAGAAGAAGUCCAUUGAGAAAGAAGAAGAAAUCAUCACAAUUUGGGGGUGGGAAUUCGGGAGUGAGGACUGAAAAGUUGAAAUCGGGUUAUAGAGAGUUGUUUAGUAGAGAAAAAUUGGGAAACAUAGCUGAUUUUAUGUCGGCAAGUUCAUUGGCUGGGAUUGGGGCUCCGGUGAAGCUCUGGGUUGAUACUUUUGCUCUGUUAAUCUGUUUUACUCUCUGCUGUAUAAUUCAGCAGAGUUUUCACCUCUGUUUUUCAACAGUUUCGAUGCGUUUGAGACCAAAAAGGACUUGUUCUGGUGUAGUGUGUUUUGGUUGUUUUCAUAUACAGAGGAGAGCCAUUAGUCUUUUCCUGUACCUGAGACGACCUGUUUACACAAUCAAAAAUCAAAUUUUUUGUUAA